GCUUUUUACUUAAGGCUUUAUAUUUUUCUCAAAAAAAGUCCUGGCAUGUGACACAAGCCUUUGACAUGAGCAUGAAAUGAUCAGAACGUCUAUGUAAAUGAUGGCUGAGAGCAUUAAGCCACGUGUUUAUAUUGUAUUUAUAUGUUGCGAGGUCUGUUCAUCGUAUUUGAGGUCUGAUGCAGACCUUUAUCAGCUCCUGUGAAGAGUCUUUACACAUUCGGUUUGUGAGUCGGUUGUUGUCACAAGGUAUUCGGCUUUCUUUUGAGGAUUAUCAACUCUGCCGGUCCUAAUGCAUAUCAUCUUUUCUUUAACAGCCUUGCUGCCCCUCAUCACGAGUAAUCUACUGAUCCAGAAAUCACUACAAGCGAGCGACUGGGACUGCCCUCCGGUGAAGAACAACUCCUGCACCAAUGUCUCCAACUACAUCAACUGCAGCGGAUCAAAUCUUACAGUCCAGUGCUCUGUACAGUCCUGUGACCCGCGCAGCGUGGGCUGCUCCUGUAGGUUGGGUUCCUUUAACUGGACGAACUACAGCACACUAGAUAUCUGCGCAUGUGGAGCCCAGAAUCAGUCCUGUUCCUGCCUGAGCGAUCUGAAGGAUCAAGACAUCCAGAGCUUCCCCGUAAACCGCUUGAUGGAUAUCGUUGGCCUGAUCUCAGACAUGACGACUCCGAUACCUCCCGAAAUAGCGACGGAGUAUCUGAAUGUGCUUGAUCAGGCCCAGAUGAGGAUUUCUGUCAUGUCCAGCAAUAUUAGCGGCCAAGAUCUGGCGGCAUAUGGAGACACUUUACUGAACGUCUAUGACAAAAUGGUGUCUGUACUGGUGGAGCCGACAAACAACUGCAGUUACAAGAAUGUCAGUCUCGACAAAACAGAAGUCAGAGUUCUUACGGUCGGGCCAGACCUGUCUUCGGGAAAAAUCCCUUCCGUCAAAACAGAAAAUGCUAGCAUGGAUAUUAAUAUUUAUAAUAUUUCAAGGAAAAUCCCUUCAAAUUCAGCCGGUGUGACUUUUAUGAGCUUCGCCUCGAUGGACAAAAUACUGAAACCAGAAUUCUUCAACUCGUCAAAUUCCAUGAUUAAAAUGUCCAUGAUGUCCACUGUCAUCUCAGCUACUUUUUAUAUCAACAACACAGAAAACAAGCUCACCGAACCAGUCAACUUCACCUUCAAACACAUCAGUUUACACGACAGCGGUAGACCUUUCUGUGUGUACUGGAACAUGACUGAGUGGACUGUAGAUGGUUGUUGUGUUUUAGACACAAACAGCAGCUACACUGUGUGUUCAUGUGUUCAUCUGUCAACAUUCGCUCUCAUCAUGCAAACCAGCAGCACACCAGCAAAGGAUGAUCAUCUGAUGGAAGUGUUGAAUUUGGUGGCUGUGUCGGUGGGUCUGGUGUUUAAUAGUUUGGCUCUGUUGACUUUUGCUUUCUGUCGAUGGAAACCUGGAGUGAACAAUGUGGCUCGAAUCAACCUCUGCAUCAGUCUGCUGUCGGCUCAUCUUCUGUUCUUCCUCACACAACACUUCCUCACACACAUCAGACCUCUUCAGGUGUUGUGUGGUGUGCUGUCAGGAUUUCUUCACUUUCUCUUUCUCUCCUGCUUUGUGUGGAUGUUCAUUGAAGCUGUGCUGCUCUACAUCUGCGUGAAGAACCUAUCACAGAUCAGCUCCAGACAGAGGGCGGUGCUUAGCAGCAGAUUCUUGAUUGUGAUUGGAUAUGUGAUUGCUCUGGUUAUAGUGGGUGUGUCUGUCGGAUUGGUUCCUGACGGCUAUGGCAGUGACCAAUGCUGGAUUAAAGUGGAGAAAGGCUUCAUCUGGAGUUUUCUGGGGCCCGUUUGCCUCAUUCUUGCUAUAAACUCGAUUCUCUUCAUCAGAAUCAUCAUCAGUCUGAACUCAACUCUCACAAAUCUGAACGCUAAAGUUUCACGGAUGAAACAAACCAAGAUUAUGGUUUUUAAAACACUGGCUCAGUUUGUGGUUCUUGGUUGUCCCUGGAUUCUGGGUUUCUUCACUAAAGACAGUAAGAUGAUGGAGAUUCUCUUCCUGAUCCUGAACUCACAGCAAGGAACCUUCAUCUUCCUGAUCUACUGUCUCCUCAAUAAUGAGGUCAGACAGCAGUAUGUGAAGUGGAUGAGCGCUCUCGUCCCCGGACUCAAAUCCAAACCCAUCAAAGACGCCCCCAAAAAGCACUGAUUUUGGAGGACCAGACUGAUAGUCAAUCACUUACUGAAGUUAUUCUUUAUUAGAAACGUGACUUUAUUCAUUACAGUGAAAUACAUAGCAUGUAAAAUCUUGUUUUUAUACAAUCUAUUUUAUCCUCCUUUUUUUACUGUAUAUUUAUGUUUAUAAUGAACAUGUUACGUCUUUACAGCUGUCAGUACUUUUGGUGUAAAUCUAAUCAUUUCUGUUUUCAGGUUAAAAAUUAGGACUAGGAUUACAAUUCUGAUUUCAUUUGAAAAUGUGAAAUAUUUUAGAGGUUUAUUCAGAGACGUGUCAGAAUAACAUAGAUUAAGCUUUAUUUGAAAUCUUUUCAU